AUGGAUGGGUGCUACAUACCCAACAACCCCCACUACGGGCUGGUGGAGUUGCAAGGCGCAGGUGGCGGACCAUCUCCUACAGUUUUGGGCGGCACGUACACUAGUACAGGUGGUAUACAGGUUCCUGCAGGUCUCGGCAGUGGGGGGGCGUACUGGACUCCGGAGGAUAUGGGAUCUUUCUCGCUGCCGCCUCUAGAUCUGGAUCCACUGCCCAGUCUGUUCCCCUUUAGCCCGUGUCCGGCCGCUAACUGCAAGACGGAGUUUCCGGUGCUGAAGGAGAAGCAACCACAUGACAUGGCGGACGUACUGUUGUCCCUCAAGCACGCGGUUGUCCACCCCGGCCAGGCAGCGGGCCAGCUGUCUCCUUGCGGAAAUUUUGCUGGCUCCUACAACACUGGCCAACAGUGUUCAGGCCAAGGAUCGUACCAGGGACCUUCCGCGUCCCUGUCUUAUACAGUUCAUCCACAUCAGGUGAUGUCGCCCGGCGGUGGCUACGGAUCCUCGCAGUACUGUAUGGGCACGCAAGACCAAAGCGCAAUGUUUGGGGCUGGUACCACAGCAGGGGCCCAGACGCCAGCCCAGCACCACAACAUGUUCCCCAGCAUGAGUGUCAACGUGUCCAUGAACAUGACGAUGCAUGGGUACCCGGCCAACAUGCCGGACAACUUGCAGCACCAGAUGACUUGCCCACAGAUGCAAUGGACAUCAACCACGCCCAAUCCAUCGCCUGUCUACCCUCAGACACAAGGCUUGCUGAGUCCGCAAACCUACGCUGGUGGGGCCACAUAUUCCUUCACAGCGGAUUUCCGUCCUCCAACAGCACCAGCAGAGCCACCUCUCAUCACAACUAACUCACCCUUCAAAACAGUGAUCAGUAAAGUAACAGGUUUCGCACCAGUUUCCACUACAACCGGAGGAAUGCCAGUGUCAUCACGUAAUGUCUGUAACAACAGACGGAACGGAAGUAUCUGUCAAAACAAGAUGGCGAACGGAAGUACGUAUCAUCAGAACAAAAUGGCUUCCGCAGCAGCGGCAGCUGCAGCCGCAGCCGCAGCAAUGACAUCAGUAAACAGUGACGAAUCACAGCGCCCAAAUUUGUGUCGAAUAUGUGGCAAGACUUACGCGCGUCCCAGUACAUUAAAGACGCAUCUGAGAACACAUUCGGGGGAGAAACCGUACCGUUGUGUGGACUGUAAUAAGUCAUUUAGCCAGGCAGCAAAUCUUACCGCGCAUGUGCGUACACAUUCUGGUGAAAAACCCUUCCGUUGUCCAAUUUGUGAUAGACGUUUCUCUCAGUCUUCUUCAGUCACAACUCACAUGCGCACACAUUCGGGAGAAAGGCCUUACCGAUGUAGACUUUGUAAAAAGGCUUUCUCGGAUUCGUCCACCCUAACGAAACAUCUGAGAAUUCAUAGCGGUGAGAAGCCAUACCAAUGUAAAUUGUGUUUACUGCGUUUCUCGCAAUCGGGAAAUUUGAACAGGCACAUGAGAGUCCAUGGGGGUUCAAGCACUACUCUGCCUGCCUGA